AUGCGCGGAGCCGCGCUGCCCUUCUUCACACUCCUGGCAUCGGCGAGUCCGGCCGAGCGCCCGCCGUAUCCACACUACCCCGGGCGCCGCGUGGUCACGCUGGAAGGCAGGAGGGGCCGAAAGGACCGAGCGGGCCCUUGGGACUUCGCGUAUCUGGGCGACGUGCCGUUGGCGGCGGGCGCCUUCAUCCGCGAAGAGGAGUUCCAAGGGACGCGCCUCGUGCCGGACGCCUUCAACGACAGGGAGUGGCUGUGCCCACUGCAGCAGUGUCCUCAAUGGCCGACCCACCCCUGCCACCGCUGCUGCCAUGCCUUGCGCACUGGGAGCGCAGAGCCUAGCUGCGACCGGGCGCUGCCGCAGUGCUGCGAUCCGGUGGGACUUGGACGCCGUGGCGUGGCGGCCUACCGGAUCUACCUGGAGCCCGAGGUGAGCCUCUUGCACUUCCGCGGCUGCGGCCUUCGCUGUGCCGUCCUCCUGGACCGCACGUCGGUCGCGGAGCAUGAAGGGAGCUAUAGCCCCUUUUGGGUGGAUCUGGCAGGCCUCCCUUGGCCCUCCGGACCGCGGGCCCCACGCGAACUCCUGGUGCUGGCAGACAGCCGCUUCGGCACGUUGCAGCGCUUGCACUUCGAUUGGCUGCAGCCCGGCGGAAUACUGAGACCGGUGGAGGCACAUCGUUUGGAGGAGUCCUCGGUGCGUAUUCGACAUCUUGCGGUGGAGCCGAAGAGUGUCACCCACGUGCUGGUCUCUCUUGACAUCCUGGGCUGCGAGUCUGGAGGCACUCUACUUGCGCGUCUCCACUUCAGCGGCCUUGAAACGCCCCGCGAGCGGCGCCUCGACUGCCUUGGCGCGACGUCCACACCUACCGCGCCGUCUGCACGAGUGGCGCAGUCAGCUGCGUGGCUGGAGACGCUGGGCCCGGGCGCCGGCGUUUGGACCUCGGAACGGCCAGAGCUGCAGAUGCUGAUGGUGCAGCUGAUGCUGGAUGGGCGACAGGUGGAUGCCAUCACGGUGCGCUUCGGGCUCCGCUGGUUGGAGGCCAAGGAGCAGCAGCUCUGGCUCAACGGCGCGCCGCUGCAGCUGCGCGGCGUGAAUCGCCAUGAGUCGUGGGUCUGGGGCGGCCUCCACCGACCCUGGGCUGAGCUGCAGGAGGACAUCCAGCUGCUGCUCGAGCUGAACGCGAACUUCGUGCGGGGCGCGCACUACAGCCAGGACCAGCGCUUCUUGGAUUUGUGCGACGAGAAUGGCAUCUUGGUCUGGGAGGAGACCUCCGCCUGGCAGCCGAGCAGCGAAGACCUGGCGGAUCCCGCAGCUUGGAGAUGGGUCGUUCAGCUUGGCGGGGCAGUUCCAUCAGUGAAAGGCUUGAUCGAAAGGCGUGGCCACUCUCGGAGUGUCAGGUUUGACUUUCUGGGCGUCCGGCAUGCACCGGCAGGGCAGGCGGUCUGCCCGGUGGCGGUGGCGGGAACGGAAUGGCCAGUCAUUCACGGGGUGAACGGCCAGGUCUUUAUGGCGCUGCAGGCGCAGGCGUUGCGAGAGACCAUCGAGGCCUCGGCCAACCAUCCAAGUGCGCCUUGGCCCCGAACCGGCAGCCAGCGGGACUCGUGGGGAGUGUCCGAGUGGGGGGCGGAUGCUCCCCCUCCGCCCGGCUCGGAGUCCAUGGCAAUCGUGGAUGUCUUUUGUACCAUUUUCGGAGGAUCAUUGUCCAUCCGAAUACCAAGCAUAGUCAUCAUCUUCGGCUUCCUCAACGAGGCGGACGCCUCCGAGCCCACAGUGGCACGUCCGGCCUUCGCGCGGCUGGCGCAGCUGGCACGGCAGAUGGGGCAGGGACGGCUGGUGGCCUGGGCGUCCAGGCACAAGAUCCGAGACGUCACGCUGGACUUGGGCGACCUCAUUGCUUUCAACGACUAUCCAGGUUGGUACGACGCGUCCGUCCUGGAGAUCCCCAGCGUGUGGGAGAGCUAUGCGGACUGGGCCAGGGCGACACAUCCAGGUAAGCCGCUGCUCAUUGCUGAAGCGGGAGAAGAGGCCUGGGAAGUGGGCUUGGGCGAUCAGGACCUCUGGUCCGAGGAACUGCAAGCGUCGAUCGUAGGUGCCACCCUGAGUGCGGCCUUGGCCGCGGGCUACAUCGGCGUGGCGCUGUGGCAGUUCGCGGACGUGCGCGUGGACGGCGCGCUCUACUGGAGCGAGCGGCCCACGGCGGAGGAGGAGGAGGGGCUGCCAGAGGUGCUUGUGAAUGUCUCUUCCGGCGCGGAGUGGAUGGAGCGCGUGGCGGUGGUUUACCAGAGCAUCAACAACCUCUUCGGUCAGCACCGACCCUUAAGGCCGCGCGAGUUGAACAACAAGGGCCUCCUCUCCUUGUCGAGGCGCGAGUUGGGUCACACGGAACGCGGGCCCACGCGAGUCCACGCGAGCUUCCACUUGAGUCCACGUGGCGAUGAGGAAGCCACCAGAAGCAGGCAGCACAAGAAGUUGGCCUUCUACGCGGCGCAGGAUGCCUUCCGUCCCUGUGUGCCGCUGGUUCCUGGGCAGCCCCUGCCACCGGAGCAAGAGCAGCUCUUUAUGGCCCGGGCCGACCGAGAGGAAGGCUGCCCUGGAUGCUUCUUAGCAGUGCACACCUGGAAUGUGGCUGACAGGCCUCCGGACGAGCCGGGCGUGCGCGUGCACGGCCACCAGCUGGACAGCCGAGCGGGUCACUGGUCGCUGCGGCGCGGCUUGCUGCGCUUGGCAGGCCAUGUGGAUGGACGCCUGUCGGGUGUGGGCGGCUUCCUGAGCGUCUCAGGUGCUCGAGACGCGACCUCCAGCUCUGUGGCGGUCAGGGAGGCGAAGCGAGCCAAGGCCAUCACCCCAAUGAUGUGCUUCAAGAACUGCUGGGAAGUGAAGCUUGAACAGGACUCGGGCGCUCAAGUGGUGAGGCCAGUGGCCCGGCGCCCCAGUGGGGCGCCCCUUUUCGCGGCCCCCGAGGAGCCGACGUGGUCUGGACGAGGCGACAGGCCAGAAGCAGAGUUGUUGGGCUAG